GAUCAGUUGUCAUAAUAAUCAUGGCUUUGGUAACAAGUUUAAUCGCUUUUCUUUUAAUAGCAAGUGCUUGCGAGUGUGCGGAGAAGGCGGAGACAUGUUUGAAUGAUUGGGGCAACCAUUACGUGUGCUCAAGUUUCGAUUUGAGUAGCUUACCGGAAGAGGAGCAGUUGUCUGUAACUAUCCGUACCGACAGCCUUCAACAUUUGAAAAAGAUUUCUGCCAAAUCGAACGUGAUAACAUUGGAAAUAGAAAGUACUAUAGGUUCAAUGGAACCCGACUCGUUUAAGGGCUUAGCAGGAGUGAACGUGUUAAUUCUAAAAGAUAUCGCGGUUCCUGUAAUAAAUCCCGGCACUUUCAGCGAUUUGGAAUUAAUGUCGCUGGUAUUACAAGGCGACCAAAUAACCGACAUCAAACCUGGCGCCUUCAAGAACUCUAAAAUGAGUCUUUUACGUAUAGCGAACACUAAUUUGAAGAAAAUUAGGAGAGGUGUGUUUAACGAUGUAGACGUGAUGCAGCUGGAUUUGUUCUACAAUAAGAUAUCGUCUAUAGAAGACGGUGCUUUAGCGGGCAUUCCUAAUUUGUACACUCUGAAGCUUGAAAACAACGCCCUGACCAGCUUCGAUGCGAGAAAAAUAUUCCAGGGCAUCCCCAAAUUGCAAAUCUUGCACCUCCACAACAAUAACCUGGCAUCGCUGCGCCGUUCUACGUUUGAGGGACUAACAGACCUUACUAAGUUGGUCGUGAGCUCCAACCAGAUCACUCAUAUCGAACCGGGAACGUUCAAUUUGCCAAAUUUGAAGAUACUGAAUUUGAGCAACAAUAAAAUUAAAAAAUUGGACAAAAAUAUUCUCUCAGGCGACGGAUUGACAGCCUUGUGGGAACUUUACCUAAAUUACAACGAGCUGACGUCUUUGCCAACAAGUUUCUUGUCCGAGCUCCCGAAUUUGAGGAAGGUGGGUUUGGCUGACAAUCCAUGGGAGUGUAGGUCUUUGGAUUUGACACUAAAAUGGGUUGAGGAGAACCUGACUCAAGGUUUCCAGGAGCAGGAAGCAAAACCUACUUGUGUUGAAUGAAUUGUAAAAAAUGUAUUUUUUGCACCAUUAAAUAACUGCUAUUAAUAAAAUUGACGUUGUUUUAUUGUAAAAUAUU